AUUGAAUUUCACCUUUAUGUUAACGCGAAUUGACGCCGCUUAAUGAAUUAGUUGAGGAUAAUGUGUCGAACCGCCUUCUUUCCCCCCCCUUCCGCACACUCACAGCCAGUCCCCCCUCCACCCUGACUGAGAAAUGUCAUGUGUGCUGCGUCGGCCUGCGCAGUGGAAACAAGCAGCAGGGAGAAGAAGGAGGCAACGGAACGUUCAAUUCAGGGACACGGGCGUCGAUAUCAUCGGCUAGGCUGAACACACCCACAGAUCUAACGGGUGUUGUGUUGAACACACACACACACACACACACACACACACACACACACACACACACACACAGUUGAUUCAGGAUGAAGUCGCUCCUGACUCUGCUGCUGGGAUUUGUGGUCCCCGUUGUCACAGUGGAGUGGAAUCGUCCCGUGAUCAAGUUCAACUCCAAAGUGGUGUCCGGUCCCGAGGUGGUGGUCAAAUCUGGCACGCCUCUGGAUUUGAGGUGCGAGGGUGACGGGCCUGUGAACUGGCAAACCAGGCUAGCCAAACACAGACGCUACGUCACGAAAGGGGGCGGCUGUGUCCGCAGUUUGAAGGUGGAGAACCCCUCGGCUGAAUUCACCGGGACUUACAAGUGUUAUUACACGGGCGGUCCGCAGUAUCGUAAUCUAACGUCCUCGGUUCACGUGUAUGUCAAAGAUCCCAGCCGGGUCUUCUGGACCAGCAGCAUGACCUUGAGGGUGGUGAAAAAAGAGGGUGAGGUUUUCUUGCUGCCCUGUCUUCUGACUGACCCGGACGCCACAGACCUGAGUCUCCGCAUGGACAACGGCACCGUGGUCCCCCAAGGGAUGAACUUCACCGUCUACCGGCACCGUGGGAUCCUCAUCCACAGCCUCCACCCCAGCUUCAACGCCGACUAUGUGUGCACGGCUAAAGUCAACGGGGUGGAGCGCACCUCCAGAGCCUUCUCCAUCAACGUCAUCCAGAAGCUCCGUUUACCUCCGUACGUCUUCUUGGAGAUGGAUGAAUACGUCCGAAUCGCUGGGGAGGAGCUGAAGAUCCGCUGCACUACACACAAUCCCAACUUCAACUACAACGUCACAUGGCUGUACACCACCAAAUCAAAACCAGUCAUAGAAGAAAGGGCACGAUCCAGUGGAGAAAACCGACUGGACAUUCAGAGCAUCUUCACGAUCCCUGCUGUGGACCUGGCAGACACGGGAAACAUUUCCUGUAUUGGAACAAACGAAGCCGGAAUGAACAGUUCAACGACGUACUUGCUGGUUGUGGACAAGCCGUACAUCCGACUGUUGCCCCAGCUGUCCCCAAAGCUGGCGCACAGGGGUCUUGCGAUCGAGGUCAACGAGGGAGAAGAUCUGGAGCUCACGGUAGCCAUUGAGGCAUACCCCCAUAUUGUGGAGCACAGCUGGAAAACGCCGACAUCUUCCAGCAUGUCCACGCAGGAGAACAAGCUCAUCAAAUAUAACAACAGAUACCACGCAACUCUGCAGCUAAAGAGAAUGAACACUCAGGAGCAGGGUCAGUACACCUUCUACGCCAGGAGCAACAUGGCCAACGCGUCCAUCACAUUCCAAGUCCAGAUGUAUCAGAGACCGGUUGCUGUAGUGAGAUGGGAGAAUGUGACCACUCUAACGUGCACGUCCUUUGGGUAUCCUGCCCCGAGAAUCAUCUGGUACCAGUGUUUUGGAAUACGCCCCACCUGCAACGAAAGCAACACCGGGAUGCAGAUGGCCACCCCCUUGCAAGCUCAGACGGUGGAGGUCCAGAGGGAGGAGUACGGUGCCGUGGAAGUGGAAAGCGUCCUGACCGUCGGACCGUCCAGUCGCAGGAUGACGGUGGAGUGUGUCGCCUUUAACCUUGUCGGAGUGGGAAGCGACACGUUCGCCAUGGAGGUUUCUGACAAACUCUUCACUUCCACUUUGACCGGAUCAGCGGGCAUUCUCUCCAUCCUGCUCCUGCUUUUGGUCUUCCUUUUCUACAAAUAUAAGCAGAAACCCAGAUAUGAGGUCCGAUGGAAGAUCAUUGAGGCCAGAGAUGGAAACAACUACACCUUCAUCGACCCCACGCAGCUUCCGUACAACGAUAAAUGGGAGUUCCCGCGAGACAAGCUCAAGCUGGGCAAGAUUUUGGGUGCUGGAGCUUUCGGAAAAGUGGUGGAGGCCACAGCCUACGGUCUGGGAGAGGAAGACAAUGCGAUGCGUGUGGCGGUGAAAAUGCUCAAAGCUAGCGCACAUUCCGAUGAGAGAGAAGCACUCAUGUCGGAGCUGAAGAUCCUGAGUCACUUAGGACACCACCAGAACAUUGUGAACCUACUAGGAGCCUGCACCUUUGGAGGACCUGUGCUCGUGAUCACCGAGUACUGCAGCCUGGGCGACCUGCUCAACUUCCUGCGCCAGAAAGCAGAGACCUUUGUGAGCUUUGUCAUGAACAUUCCGGCCGUGGCGGAGAACUCAAACGACUACAAGAACAUCUGCAAUGAGAAGCAUUUCAUCAGAAGUGACAGUGGAAUCUCCAGUGCCUCGUCCAGCAGCUACUUGGAGAUGAGACCGUGUCAGCUACCAAGCAACCAGCCUUUACGAAGCUCCGUGUGCGAGGAGACUGGUGAAUGGCCGUUGGACAUGGACGACUUGUUGAGGUUUUCCUAUCAAGUGGCUCAAGGCUUGGACUUUUUGGCAGCCAGAAAUUGUAUUCACAGAGAUGUGGCUGCGAGAAACGUCCUGUUGACCAACCAUCGAAUAGCUAAGAUUUGUGACUUUGGCCUAGCGCGGGACAUCAUGAACGACUCCAACUAUGUGGUGAAGGGAAAUGCACGUCUACCGGUCAAGUGGAUGGCUCCGGAGAGUAUCUUUGACUGCGUGUACACGGUCCAGAGUGACGUCUGGUCCUAUGGAAUCCUCCUGUGGGAGAUCUUCUCUUUGGGGAAGAGCCCUUACCCCAGCAUGGCUGUGGACUCCAGGUUCUACAAGAUGGUGAAACGUGGCUACCAGAUGUGUCAGCCAGACUUUGCGCCACCUGAGAUCUACACCAUCAUGACGAUGUGCUGGCAUCUGGAGCCCACCGAGCGGCCCACUUUCAGCAAGAUCAGUCACAUGAUCCAACGACUACUUGGCGAGCAAACGGCCCAAGAACAGCUCAUUUACCAGAAUGUGCAUCAGGAGCAGGUCACGCCGGACCAGGAGUGUGACGAGUCCAAGUGCUGCGACGACCCCUUUGACCAGUCUUGUGAGCCGUCCGAGGAAGCGGAGCAGCCUUUGAUGAAGACCAACAACUACCAGUUUUGUUGAAGCCCUAUCUGUUGACGAACAAGCCCUGGGGGGGAGGAGCAAAGCGGCGCACCGGGUGUUAGUUGAUGGAAGAAGCUCACCUCCACACAAGCAAGCCACGCCUCCAGACGUGGCGACUGCAGGAAACAAGCGUCGUCAUUAUCGCCCCCCACUUUGUAGCUCAAUCUGCGCGGGAGGUCAUCAACUCCUCCGCGGUACGGGAUUUUUUUUUUUUGAAGCAAGCACAUUGUCGCCGCCGGAACUGUACACAAGCUAGGUUUUCUUCUCCGAUCACUUGAAUUGAACAGCGUGUCCUCACCGCCGCCCCUCGUUAAAGCGUGACAAAUAGACUGUGAAGAAGGCAGAGAAUGACAACGUUGUUUUUUGCGUUCCACUCUUUGGUCAUAGCUCCAUCUCUUGUGACACCAUUACAAGGAGCCGUGCCUCGGUGGAGACAUGUGAUCGCCCCACUUAAGUCAAAUCAAUUAUCAACAGGUUCAGGGGCAAUGCAGGAGCAACGGAAUACAUAUGAACUGAACAGGGCAACCAAUGGAUCCAUGAUAGGAUAGAUUAACUCAUUUUAGUUCAAAAAAAGCGCAAAUUAAUCUUGAAUCUCCUUGUCGUUUGCUGACUUGCCCAAAUGUUUUCUUUUCCACUUUCUGUCCAAGUCACUGAUUUGUGUGAGUGACAGCAUGAAAAGCUCCGACUUGCUUGGAGUGAAGCAGCUCGAUACCACCUCUCGACCAGUCUCGAGACCCCUAAUGUGUACAUAAAUAUCAUCUUAUCAGGCCAAUAUUUGUCAAUACAUCAAAUCUAUUUGAGUAGCUGUGUCAAUAAUUAUACAAUUGAACAAAAAUAUCGCCAUUAAUAAUCUCUAGACCUCAAAUAUAAGACGAUAACUUCAGUAGCUGUAUCAACUGUCGUAUAUUGUACAUAAAUGAUUUUUUUUUAAAACCGACAACCUGCAAUAAUAAGAAAAAUGUCGCCAUUAAUAAUCUCUAGACCUCAAAUAUAAGACGAUAAUUUCAGUAGCUGUAUCAACUGUCGUAUAUUGUACAUAAAUGAUUUUUUUAAAAACCGACAACCUGCAAUAAUAAGAAAAAUGUUGCCAUUAAUAAUCUCUAGACCUCAAAUAUAAGACGAUAACUUCAGUAGCUGUAUCAACUGUCGUAUAUUGUACAUAAAUGAUUUUUUUUUAAACCGACAACCUGCAAUAAUAAGAAAUCCAUCAUGUGCCUGCUUGACAAUCAUUCAAAAAUAUUUUCAAUCAUAAAAAGUAUGAAUAACUCCGUAAACGAAUGGUAUUUUUUUGCUUGACAACGUGAAUGUUUUUGUAUUAGCUUAUGUUCCAUAUCAUCUUAUGACUUGUUUCCAUACUGUAUGUAGCGGUCAGCCUACACUGCCACCUGUAUUUGAAGGUAACAUUUAAGCUGUGAUUUAUUUGGCAUUUCAGAUGCCCUUGUGUGUGAUUCCUGUUCAUGUAUAUAUAUAUAUAUAUAUCUCCUGAUAUGUAUCAAUAAUUGUUUUUAUCAUUUUAACCAGUAGGAAAGGUUGUCUGUUGCCGUGAAUGCAUCGUUCAUGUACAAGUGUGCUUGUUUGUUGCUGAAAUGAGA